CGUUAGCUCGACAGUGGUGCUGCUGCUGAGCCUCCUCAGCAGUGUGUGUGUGUGUGUGUGAGAGAGAGUGUGUGUGGAUGGUGGACUGUUCCCGGUGAGAAAAAAACCCCACACACCACACCACCGACCGACCUCCGGGCCGAAUUAAAAUGCCUCAUCGCCGCGUGUAAACGGGCGAAACUCGCACAGGGAGAGAGCCAGUCUCCGGGCAGAUUAGAGGAAAUAUAACGGCAGGAUGUUGCAAGUUUUAGCUUGUGGCGCCGUAGUUUUCCCCGGUCUCUUCUUCGCCUUCAGGAGGCUCCUGCCGUGUGUGUUCAAACACUGGAGCGAUGCCGACGUGGUGCUGAUCAGCGAGAGGCUUGUGUCCUCCAUCCAUGCCGUCAUGGCAACCACGGCGGGAGUCAUCGUCGUGUCAUCAUGCCGGGGCAGCGUCAUUAGCGACAGGCACUGGCUGGCCACCUACUUUGUCAUCUGGUUCGGUGUGCCCUACAUGACGUACGACAUCUUCGCCAUGUACCUCAGUCACUACCACCGCUUCCGCGUCAAAGGGCACGAGGACUACAAGCGCCACUCGCUGAGGACGAUAAACUCCUUCGUGCGCAGAGAGUUCCUGCUGGUGUUGCAUCACAUCGCCCUGCUAACCAUCCUGCUGCCCGUCACACUGUUCUUCAGAAGGGAACAGGGAGAUUUCUUCAUUGGCUGCUUGUUUCUAACGGAGCUCAGCACACCCUUCGUCUCCAUGGGGAAGAUACUGAUCCAGCUCGGCCUCCAGGACUGCUGGCUGCACAAGGCUAACGGCGGCAUGGUGCUGCUCACCUUCUUCAUGUGCCGCAUCGCCCUCUUCCCGUACAUGUACUGGGUUUACGGCCGCCACUACGGCAUCCCGCUCUACAGCGUUCCCUUCCACCUGCCGCUGCUCACCAACCUGGGAAACUCGUGCAUCCUGGCGCCGCAGGUUUACUGGUUCGUGUUGCUCUGCAGGAAGGGUUACCGUCUGUACCGACGCAGCCGCAUGCCGGACGCUGAGCCCCCCGCGGUCACGGACAAUCCCAAGGAUGAUUGAUAUCCGGUUCACGAUUUUUGCUCGCUCAAAGCCGCACACUUCAGCUACUAACGCUACGACUACUUCUGCAAAGGCACUAGUUUUGACUUUAACACAUUUCAAACCCCGCCCCCCCCCCCCACCAUCGUACUGUAGUACACCAGGACUGCCUGCUCUUUGUCCCACAACUCCUGGGCAUUUUUCCGCACACUUUAAGAAAAAAUAAAUCCUCUGUUACAAAAAUAUCUGCUGCCUGAAGUGGAUCUCUCUCCGCCGAUCCAGCUCUACGACUACUGAUGAUUUACUUUGGAUCUUACUGCGUCCGUCUACAUUUUACAACACUGGAUAGUGGUCUCGUUUGCUUCACUGAGAAUUAAAAAAAGUGGAGUAAAAAGAAGAGCUUCCACUGGAGAGACAUUUCCUGACCUCUCACUGCUACUGUGUUUACAGCCUCUGCUGACCGGUCUGUUACAGAGUGUGUGAGAGUGCCCGACAGGUUGUAUUUAUUUAAUGGUUUCUGUGUCUGAUAGUUUCCUCUCCCCUAUCCGAUAUUCAAUAAUCACACCAGGAAGGAUUAGGAAUAAAGGUGGGUGGGGGUUAUUGUGAGGGAAACAUUUCACUUUGUUAGCGCACCCUGUUAAUGUGACUCUUCACCUCGUUCUGUACGUCUGUAGCCUCCCAUCCCGCAUGUUCUCCAUCAGUUUGUAAACUGCAGCAGCAAUCCAUUGUUCCUCCCACACUUUUACAACUAAUUAGUUCUCGCUCUGUAUGCAUGGUGAACCCCCCCCCCUUAUUUAAAACUGCUCUCAUGUUAUUGGGAAUACUUUAUUUUAAGAAAGCUUGUGGGAAUUCUCCCAAGUUGGAGUGGGAGUUGGAGAAUGUGGCACCAGAGAUUACCUCAGUCGUAGAAAACGUCUUCAUUUUUACACGUAUGCACGGCAACUCAAGUCCAUGCUAGCUUUUUACUUGGAGUGGCUGCAAAAUUGAUUUGAAAAAGAAAAGAAAAACAGUGUCUAAAUAAUGUUGUAAAGCCAUGGUGGGAUAAGAUGCAGCCCAGUAUGGAAAAAUAAACUCUUUGAGCGACAUCUUGGUCGAUUCAAAGAGGCGGGAAACCUUACAAAAUGUUAUGUUUUUGGACAGAUUUAAACCCAAAUACCAGCCGAUGACGAUGACACUUGGACCUUUUAUUCUUUGCAUCACAGCAGCUCCAUUAAGGACAAAUAUUUAAGUCUGCUCUCAUGGAAGUCCAUGCUAGCUUUUCAUUUUGGGUUUCUGCAAAAUCGAAAGGUGUCUCAUUUCAUAUUGUAGAGCCACAAUGGGAUAAGAUUACAGCCCUGUAUGAAGAAAUAUUAGGGUCGUCUCAACUAUAGAAACCCUUAAUCGACUAAAACUCGAUGGAUUUUACUUUGUUAAUUGAUUUAAUCUUCAGAUCUGUAAGACAUGAUUAAGAGCUGGGAAACCCUGCAAAAUGUUGUGUUUUUGGACAAACAAACCCAAGUGCAAGCAUUUAAAUAUCCUCUUGGUCUUUUUACGAUUCGAUAAUACUGCAUCACAGCACCUCCACUAAGUACAACAUUUACACAGAAACAAGGAGACGGACGUCUAAGAGAACAUUAACAUAUAUCAUCUGCAUGUGUCCUCGGUGCAGAGGGUGGGUUAGUUUUCCUGCUGUGUUUGGAUGACACUGGAGAAUUUGCAGCUGCAUUGCUGGCAGUGAGCGUUGAUGUAGCUCGAGACGCCGCAGUGUUCCAGGGGUCACUUAGGGUCACGUGUUGUUUCGUUUGUGCAGGGGAUGGGGGGGGGGGGGGGGGGUGAACUCAGGGCCGAGGUCAGAGCAAUAAGGUGAGCAGAGGCGUGAAAAAAAUGGAGGAUAUCAGGAGAGAUUAUUCCUGAAGCGUCUGUAAAUGUUUCCCCUGGGAUGUUGCACACACUCGACACGUUCUGCACAUAGACAGAUUUAAAGUAACGACACCUUUCAGUUUCAGUUGCCUCUGAUCUUAAGAGCAUCAUUUCCUCAUAUCAAAGAGUUGCAUAAGACUGCAGCGGGGUCAGUCACUCAAUUUAUCUUGAAUACUAUUCAAGCGUAAACCUUAAAUGUCCUGCAAAUUAAAUCUAUGCAAGAAGAGGCUGUGCAUGUUCAACACUAAUGUCAAAAACCAGCCUCACUUUGUUUUGUUUUUUGGGGACCAUAGCAUAUUUCCUUUCUCUGGUACAGUUCUCCUGAGACUCCACACUACAUAUCGUCUUUACCUCACUUUUGUUCACAUAGGUUCAUACAAUGCUAAGAAAGAAGUGCAUAUUGAUCAUUUAUGUAAGGAUUUUUGUAGCAUACACAGAAACAAGUUUACAGCUGCAGCUCUGUUGAUGGAUUUAAUGGGCUCUCACGUUUUCCAACUAAUAUGAAAAUCUUUUUUUAUAAUAACUAACAAGCUACUACAAGUUCUGUUGUUAUAAAAACACAAGGCAGGCAAAUACGUUUCUUUAAAGGCAGCAAACGGAUCUAACGCCUCAUCUUUGGGGGGAAUCCAAGAUGUUCCUUGGAUAGUUUUGUGUCACGAUUGGCAGUUUUUCCCACUUUGCAUUAAAGCGAACAUACGUGACUUUUGCUCAUCAUUGUGAUCGUUUACAGUUGUUCAAGAUGAUGUAUAUCUAAUGUUUAGUUCCAUAAGCUUACAGUGGCUAUAAUAAGCAACUUGAUUUUAAAAUGACCUGUAUAAGCUACACUCCCGCAUCGUUUACAGAAAUACUCCGGGUUGGUAAAGAAGGGUGGUUUUCAGUUGUGCACGAUAAAGAAUAUAAACAAAGGUUGGAAACAUCUGUAUUUGAGACGCUGAGAGCAGCAUUUUCUGUCCCUGCAAGAGCCAAGCUAACUCUGCGUAUAUACGCUGAGUGACUCAAAGCUAACCCCUGAUCACACACAGUAGUAGGAAUACUAGGAAUAUCCUGAAGCAUGGAUUCUAAAACACCUUCUUUGGAAUGCAGAUUAGAAAAAACUGAGAGAAUCAACCUUUUAUAUCAAUAAUUGAAAAAUAAAACACUACUCUUUGGUUUAUUUAGUCUCCCACUCUUAUGUUGUACCUCUGCUUUUUACACAGUCAUUAAAAACGGCCAAUUUCUUGGGUUUGUUGAAAGCGAUAUAUUAAGUUGAACCUAAUACUGUUUUAUUUAGCACUUCAUAUUAAUGCUUUCAACAAACCUAAUUCUAUUUCCUCUUUUGACAUAAUACCUUUAAGUGUUGGCAUGUGACAGAGCUGUCCUUUCCCACACAUUUUGUUGUUGUAUAUUUAACAUUUAAAAGCUGCAGAUCAUUCUGUGUCACAUCCCCCAUCCUGCAUCCCAUCAUGCAGUGCUUUCCUUCCCCUCAGUGUCUUGGCUGAUGUGUUCUGCAGUGAUAGAGAGUUGCUGAAAGCACAUCCUCCUCCUCCUCCUCCUCCUCCUCCUCCUCUCUGCUGCCAUCUGUCGUCAGGAUUACCUGCCUGUCCACUCAGCAGUUUACACGCUCCACCAUUGGGGGGGGGGGAUUAGUGAGGCCUCUGCGGGCAUUUUUCCUAUUGAACCUCCUGCUGCAUUCAGACACAUGACCUCAACCUCCACUAAUUACCUGACAUGUUGUUUGUUUUAACGGUUUUAUUACAUUUCUUUUAAACAUGUUGUCGUUUACCUCGGGUAGAAAAGCCAUCGGUUCAUAUCACUGACACAAAACUAUUCGACGGGUGCAGAAAACACCCCCUUCUUCUGGGUUUUGCUAGGUUUCAGAAGGUAAUGUUGACAGAAAAAGUGCUAAAUUUGAUCAUAAAAAUUUGGAUUUGUCUCUAAUGUCCCAGAGAGGUUUGGUUACCUUUAAUUGAACCACUGUAGGAGAUGAAAUCUAGGUUUAAAAGCAGGCAUAUCUGGAAGAAACAUUCCUCAAUUUCCUCCUUAAAGUUCCCUUUUUGUUUGUUGUUCAACACCCGUAUCAUCUGACGGCAUCACCCUGAUGAUUACAUUGAUUAUCACUGACCUGACGACUAUAAAAGCCACAUUUCUUCUACCUUAAGGAGUCUGGACUUGAUAUAUAUAUAAGAAGAUUUAGGAAAGGCAUGCAGAGUACACAUAUCUUAUUCUUUUGUCACUUCUUAUUAUCGAAAGUCUUAAAGUUAAUCCUCUUUGCUCAGGGUUUAAUGAAGUUUGAUAAAGCUGUUAUAUGUGUAUAGAGGUUUAUUGUGAAGAUGAUUAAACUGUGAGAUUGAUUCUAACGACGAUCACAUCCAGAAUGGUUGCUGUUUUCUUUUCUAAAUGAUAUUUUUAAAAAGCAUUUUUGUUUUUCCAAGUAGAUUUUCUUGUAUUUAAGCUUUUCUGACAUGCUUCUCUUAGGGUUGGUAAACCAAAGACUGUCAGUGAACCCCAGUAGUGACAAGAAGAGAGAACCACCUGCUUCCUCAGUGCUUCAUUUAGACAUGCUGUAGAUGAUUUGUCUUAAACGCUCUCAAACGUUGCUAUCCUUUUUUCUUUUUGGUCCCAGAGUGUGAGCUCUUGUUGGGAUUGUGAUGGGUGUUUCCUUUCUCCGCCAACACGCACCAAGUACAUUUAAGUCUACGACAUAAUGUUAGCACACUGGCUGUGAAACUACAUGGAGAUACUACUACUUUUAGCAUCACACAGUAAGCUAAAUGUGCUUUGUAUUCCUUGUAUGUAAGGACAGAAUGGGAAUGUGGGAACCAAAAUGACUACGAAAGCCUGGCUACACCAUGCUAAGGCUGCUUAGCAUAGGCCUGUAGUACUGUUUGACUUCUUGCUCACACUACUUUAGGUUGAAGGUUCACUACAUGCUAACAAUUAAGCAUCAUUUGAUCAUAAAGUUAUCAUUCUGUUUUCAUUGUUGAGCUCCAAGACUUUAUCUUACACUAAGCUAACACUUGACUUUUGUCGAGUCAUUUCAAAUUAGCCUUGAUGCUAAGCAUUUGGCAAAACUCUAGCAAUAACCAUCUUGCUAGCAAUCUUUGAGAUUUCUGCUAACGCUUUAGCAUCAUACGCUCAGCACAUCUUACAGAGCCAUAUCAAGCUCCAAGCUAAAAAUAUCUUGAGUGAUGGUUGGCUAAAACUUAAGUUGAGCGUUAGCCAACCUCUUGCUAACUAGCAUGUGGACACUUUAGCAUCAAUGUUGUAGAGUCCAUACUAACACUUUAUUUGACACUAAGCUAAUGCUUGAUUUUUUGACUUUAUUCCAACGAUUGAAAAAUAAAACACUUUCAUGACGUUUUAUUUUGUAGUACGGGGGCUUCAUAUCAUCUGGGGGUAAACAACAUAUCUUAGAGGUGCUGUAAACGGCACUUUGUUCAACAACUAUGGCGCAUGGUAACUGCUAGACUAGAUUCUACCCGACUACUAUUCCAAGUUUUAAAGUAUUUUAGCCCUAAUUGAUUUUCUCAAAUCAAGGGUUAGCAUUUAGCUAGCGCCACAUCUUUGGUUUCCAUGUUCCCACCAUUGAAGUUUGUCCUUUUUUUACAUCAUAAGUAAUAUACAAUAACACAAGGAGCUAAACUGUGAAGUUCCUCUGGACUCUGGACUCUGGGGAUGUGAAUGAGCACACCCCCCCCCCCCCAUGACACUAUAAGUUUGCUGCUUUGUAUUCACUCUCUUUUAUCAGGGUUGGUCCUGGGUGGUGCAGAUUUUGGGGCUGGGGGUGUUAUUGUUUUUGUUUUUUAGGCGUUCCCAUUGGUUUGCUGCAAAUGAAAACAUGUAAUGGUUUGGAGGGUUGGUCGCUCCCCCAAUUGGUUGCAAAAUGAUUUUGUGGGGUCAUUUCACCCUAGCGUUGAUGCUAAACAUUUGGCAAAAUGUUAGCCAUCUUGCUAACAAUAUUUUGAGUACUGUGCUAAUACUUUAGCAUAAUACGCUAAAUACAUGCUAUCAUUUCAUCUUUCCAGUGCUAGCAGGAACCAAGAUAACACUUAAUAUAAGUUGUUUUGCAGAAAAUUCCCAGAAAAUAACGUCUAUGUUUGGUUUCCACUGAUAUGAUGUGAAUGCGGCAUUAGGCUAUAGUGAACUAUAAAGCUUUGAGGACGUUUUAUUGUGAAUAUUUCAGACGAGCUCGGAUUUUAAGUGCAGCAAAAACAAGUGUGUGUUGCUGGGACUGAUUUUGAUCUGUGGACAGUGAACCCAAUCUGGUCUCCAGUGCCUUGUGAAAAAAAUCUAUUUCUGAUACCCACAAGUGUGAGAGGUAGGCCGGCGGUGUUUACAGGUUGUACUUUCUUAUCAUCAUCAUAUCCUUCAUGCUCACUGCGAUCCUCGAGGAGAUUAUUAUUUAAACUGCUAUGCAUUUACUGCUAGAAUGAGAAUAAAAAGAACCUCUGAUUCUGAAUAAAGGCCUUUUAUGUUGACGGUUUUUUUAGCCUUUCAUAUGUUGUAGCAUUUAAUCUAUAUUUUCAAAUCAUCAUGCAAAUCCAGCGUUGUUUUUCUAAGUCCUCCAGUGUGUUGUGAUUUUUGUUUGCCGUGUUUCUGUUGUUUUUAGACCUUUAAUUUGUCACUGGUGGACAUUUGGGAGAUUUGAAUCUUGACCGUAUAUCACUUUUUGCUCCAAACGCAGCAUCGUCACAACGUCUACACCCCCCCCCCCCCCCCCCCCCACGUUAUUUCUGACAGCGGUUCUGAUCUUUCAUAAAUAUAUCACAUUUGAUGCAUCUGUCUUUUUUUUUUUUGUAGCUUGGACUUUAUUUGAGGAAAUAUCUGAAAAGAGAAAGUAGGACUGUUUUACGAAAUAGCUUAAAAAACUAUUGAUGUGAGAGGAGUUAUGUACUGUAGCUGCAACUUGUGAAUUCAGAGCACCCCUUUAAAAUAAUUCAAUAAAUUUUGAUUUGAUAGAC